AUGUUGGAUGAAACUCAUUUAUUUGAUGAGAAGGUUGAUGAUCCAUCUCACCCAGGCCUCUUUACCCAGCCUCAAGAUUUUACUUGGAAUUCUAAAUAUAUUGUUGCACGGAACAGAAGCCACACAAAACAAGUUUUGGCUUCAACACCUGCAAAGUUGUCUGUGGGAAUAGAAACUCUGGCCUCCUUUUCUAAGGCUGUGAACUCCUCCUAUCUGGUGGCUGUCCCUCUGGAACUUCAUGGAAACAUGGUCUCUGAAGCUUUGAACUUCCUUAUUUGUGGUGACGAGGAAACUGGUAUUGGUAAAGUUAUUAGAACUUUAGCCAAGAAACCGGGACUAGUUGGUGAAAAAGCUUCUGCUGUUCUAACCAAGUGGCGACAAAUAGUUGCAGGCAACACCAAAAUUCAAGAAAAUCAUCCAAAGUCACUGAACUCCAAACAUGGGUCUCAUAAGAAGGAAAGCGCUGAGGAAAGUAAAUCCACUGAAGUUUCCGGAAAACACAGUAAAUCAUUAAACGAAAAACAUAUGAAUGGCAAAAAGAGUUCCUCUGAAUCUGAGCACAAGCAAAAGUCUACUAUAAGUAAGAAUUCAAAAGAAAUUUCGCCUGAAAAAAAGAUUAAAAAACAUUCCGGUGGAAUCAAUGGGAAUUAUACUGAUUCUAGUCCUGUACCUUAUAAGUAUGAAAAGGAUGAGGCACCAUCAAAAUGCAUUGAUUACGAUCCUAAUUCUGAAGUAAACUUGUACUACACUCCAGAACACCCUGAACUGUAUCCUAAUAGUAAGAAAAUCAAGAAAAAAAUGAAAAAUGAUACUGAGAAAUCAUUUGAUUCUGGGCAUAGUAAUUCAGAAAUUAAAGCUGAGAAACGCAAAAUUCCUGAUGUUGAGUCAUCUAAAUGUGGAGAAAGUGAACCAAAGGCUAAAAAAAUUAAACACGAGGCUUCACUUGCAUCUAGUACAUCACAUUCUAGUCAAAGUAAACAUGAAACAGAGAAAAAAGAAAAGGUUGAUUCACAGAAGAAAAAGGAAGGAAAGGAGAAAGCCCAUAAUCAUCAUAAUCAUUUCAGCUCGCGAAAAGAUAGUUUUCAGAAGAAUUCACGACCAGCAGAUUUGCAGUUAAAAGCAUCAUCCAGCAAGAAACAAGUAGAGACAGGUCAAUCAGAGGACAAAAAGUCUCACCAGAGCAAAAUUAAUUCAAAGGAUAAAAAAUUGAAAGGAAAACUGAAAAUACAGUCUACUGAAGCAUUUACAUCAUCUGAAGUGAGCUUUGAAGAUUGUCUGGGUUUCAAUGAUAUUGUUUCUGUGAAAAGGAAAAAAAGUUCCAUAAAAGCUUCAUCCUCCUCAUCAAAGAAACCAAAAACUACUACUACUUCAUCAAAAGCAUCAUCAUCAUCAUCAUCCAGCAGCUUAAGAAAUACUUACAAACCAGAUGCUGAGAAAAAAUCAUGCCUAAAGUUGGUACCAGGGCCUCCUUUGAACCCUAUCCAUUUGAAUGAAGUUGAUAUCCUUUCUACUCUUCCCCAACCACAACCUAACUAUAGACCACUGCCACCAAGAAACGCAGAUGGUAGUAAUGCUAAGAAGAAAGUUCUUUCUAAUGAAGAUGCUAUAAGAUUCACAUCUUCAAGAAGAGAAAAAACAGCUGUUUAUUCUGGGCGCAGAAAUGCUUACUUCCUAGGUAAGCAAGAAGUGCCAUCGCUUUUUGACAUCUGUACCCGGAUACUGAUUGAUAAUAUUGAUGCUAUUGAAUAUAUGGGCGAGGUGCCUUAUUUUCUUGUAAAACCAAUUCUGGAGCGCUGUAACCCAAUGCAACUGUAUACUAUUGAACAUUACAACCCAUACCUUCUUGAAGAUACUCAUGAUUUAUGGGAAGUGCACUGCAGGAGAGAUUAUCGCACCGAAGAACCACAAGAGAAUGAGACUUGGCGAGAUUUAUAUUGGCGUUGCUGUGAAGAGAGAGAAAUUAGACUGAAGAGUGUAACUGCAAAUAUAUCUGCAUCUAUGUCAAAAUCCAAUCCAGUACGUCAAGUUAAGCUAGCAUAUGUAGACUCAGUUGUUAAACCUCCCCGUGAUGUAGCUCGAAGACAAGCAAAAAAUGGAACAGGUCUUCCUGUGAAUCAUAAAGUGAAACCUGGACCACCUUCAAAAGCUACUCCUAGGCCAUCUGCACCUUCCAUCAAUGUUGCAGUUGCAUCAACUAGUAAAGCCCCGAUCAAUUUCGUUCCUAAGAAACCCAAGAUUGCACCUUUAAUGGCCAAGACAUUAAAAAGUAUGAAACAGUGUUUUCGACGUAAGUAAGCUGUCAAUUUUUGAAUAUAAAGGAGCUGACUUCAUUAGAGAUCAGAAGAAUGUAAGGUAUGUCUUAUGCUCUGCCACAAAAUUAUGUGAAACUUCUGAUGGAAUAUAUGUAAAAAUAUAUUGAUGUAUAGUGCGUACCUUUAAAUUAAUUCUGCAUGUUUUUAAAGAUCCAUAAAUAAUUCAUUCAGCUGCUUAUGGUUCUGUGAUAUUGUUUAGCAUUAACUAAAUAUAUGAUCUGAUUUCAAAACAUAAUUUCUUUUCAUAAAGUUAAGUUUAGUAUCUGUUAUGCAAAAUGAUGAUGUAUUGCUUUAAGAAAGAUUUGUAAUUUAAUGCAAAUAUUCAUUGUAUGACUUGUUUGUUUUUUGUUAAAUUUUUCAUUUAAAAAAAAGCAAGGACAAUUUAUAUUUGUGUGUACAUAAAAAAUAAAUAAAAUUAAAAAAUACAUGCUUACCAUAUACCCUUGAUAUUUAUAAAUGUCUUUUAUUCUCAGUGUAACUUGAAAUCUGUGGUUGUGUUAUUUAUUACAUGUUUUUACCUUUUAGUGCUGUAAAUUGUUGACCGUUUGUUGAUGUAAAUUGAGAUUAAAAGAAUUUCCAAUUAUUUAAAACUAAAAAUUGAAUAAAUGAAAUUAAUUUUCAAUAUGUGUGAAUAUUAAUCUGUUACCAUGCAUCCUUUUGCACCUCUUGUUACAUUGUCUAUAAAAUUAUGUAUCAGUUUAAAAUUUAAGUUUAAUAUUCAUACUUAUGCGUAUGAAUAUUAGUCUAAUAUUAAUGAAUUUAUUAUUAUGAUUACCAUACUUUUUCAAAUAUUCAUUGUAAGGUGAAUAUUUGGGCAUCUUCAUUUCUGUAUUAAUCUCAAAUCAUAUAUGUGGUGUGAUGUAUAUAACAAACUGACAAACUCUGAAUAAAGCAUUUUUAUGUCAAA